UCAAUUAUGAGGAAAGGGCUAUAAAAUUUCCAGCUGUAGAUUUCUUUUAUAAUUUGGUUGUUUUACGCAUAAUAAUGAACCAAGACGGCUUUAUAAACAUACGAGAUGUUAAACCUAAUCAAAAGAACAUAAAUGUUGUAUUCAUUGUUCUUGAAAUAGGCAAACCCAACAGGACCAAAGAUGGUCAUGAUGUGAGGUCGUGUAAAGUAGCAGACAAGACGGGAUGUAUCAACAUCUCAGUGUGGGAUGAUGCUGGAGGAGCACUACAAACUGGAGAUAUAUGUAGACUUAUCAAAGGAUAUGCCUCAAUAUGGAAAGGAUGUUUAACACUUUAUACAGGAAAAGGAGGAGAAAUACAGAAAAUAGGAGAAUUUUGUAUGCCAUUCCUAGAAACUCCCAACAUGAGUGAACCAAAUCCCGAGUUUUUACAAAAAGUGGAAGGUCAAGGUCAAAGGAAGUCCCCCACAGAGCAGCAAGCUGGUAGUGAGCAGGCAGGCAAUGGCCAGCAGAGAGUACCCCCACUGAUGCAAGUAAAUAAUCCCUCCCAAAGGAACAUCCGUCCAGGCGGCCCAGCCCCGGGCAGACACCCCCCUCCCAAUGGCAAUAUACAGCAAUCAAUGCACCAGUCUGGACAGGGAAGUGGACGUGGGCGGGGAAGGAGAUAACACACACUAUACAUCUGUUGGUCAGAAAAAUGCAUUUUAGAAGCACAAUCAUUCCCCUGUGCCCUUGUAAGAAGUGGAUAAAGACAGGGCAGCAGAAAACAGAAAUGUCUCGUUUCUGUUGGUCAGGAAAUAACAGAUACCAACAUAUAACUGGUCAGUUGUCUGCAUUUAAGAAGUAUCUGCACCGUUCACUAUCUGACGAAGGGCUUCGAGGAAAAGGCCAAAGACUACAGCCAAUACUUGUACGUGCUAGAAGGCCAUCCCAAAUUAUAAACACUUUGUGCUUGCCUCAUAAUACAUUUAAUGCUGUAUUGUAGCUAAAUAGUAUGUAUAGUAUAGAUUGUUUUAACCUAAGAUAUAAUAUGCCUGGGUUAAACUUGCUAUUCAGAUCUGCAUCAAGCAAGAGAAUGGGAAUUCUGACCACAAACCUUCAUUUUAGUCCUUUGACCCUAAUAUGAAUGCAAAGAAAGUAGUUCCAAAGUGAGUGUUAUAAACCACUGAAAUCUGAACUCUAUAUCAACUUUUUUGAGUAACCAAUUCUAAAACUAAGGGUCUUGUUUAAUGACAACUGAGAAAGGCAUAACAGCCAUGGGUUUGUUAAAUGUUCUGAACUAGAGAGGAAGGUGGUUAUAAUCAUAAGCAUACUCAGUAUGUGUUAAAUCAUGAGAUGUCAUAUGGCUUUAAAUUAUGAAAAUAUGACUGUGCUACCCGUACAAAAGCACAGAGACUGAUCUGAAAAGAAAAAAAAAACUCCCUGCCAAAGACAUGUAAAAUGACAUCGAGAAUAAAUGAAGAUGCUUUAACUGCAUUUUUAAGAGAGAGGAAGAACUUGCUCUCUAAACUAAGUCAUAUUCAGAGAGUCAGGUGUGCCUGACUUUUAGGUGUUUCUUGAAUGUAGAAUUUAUCAAAAGUUGUUUGAGUCAUCUGAAACACUUCAAUAUAUGGCAAAAUCACUUCCGUAUAUCUUACCUUGGCAAAGAGACUGCAUUUCCUUUCAUACUUCAAAAUCCCCGAGAACUGAUUUUGGAGGCAUACCCGGUUAGUUGUUACCCUGUAUGAAUUUGGUAUAAUUAAGUGGCUUUUAUGAUGGUGACUUUGAAUUUUUUCUUUUUUUAAUUCAGUGCAAUAGAAAUGUUGUGGAAGCAAUCCUGUAUUUGCCAUUCAAUUUCACUGUCAACCAUACAAAUGCAUGUUCUAACCUGUUAAUGAUAAUAAAAGAAAUUAUGGUAUUUAAA